AGGCAAGUCAAUCCUGUUCGUGCGCUCGCCGCUCGCUCUCGAUGCGCUCGAGGUCGGCGGUCGGCGCGAGCUUCACUUGCCCUGCGCGUCAACGGUUGGCCGGCUGUUCGACCUUGACGGUACGAUGCCUCUCUUUUUCACUGAAAAUUUAAACUAAACGCGUACGAAGUUGCAGCCCAUCACCCAAAAAGGCCGCUGCGGCGACAGCAAUCCUCGAUUCAUUUUGUUCCUUGAAUGAUGACGUCCGAAACCGUUCGACCAGCGUUUGUCACGUCCAGCUGUAGCAGACGCGUCUGACUCAUCUGAAGAGCAACUGUGUUAUCGUUUUCGCAAAAGAAGCCGCACACGACUUCAAGGCAUGGCGGCAACGAAGACCAACAGGCCCCCCACGGACAUGCACAAGUGGAUGUCCACGGGCUCGUUGUUCCUUCCGUACGGCACAGCGGAGGACUACGCACAAGCCGACGACGAUGCAGCUGAUGGCAGAGCAUGCAACAUGGUUAACGCCGAUUCACUAGACCUGGACACAUUCAAAGUAAACGAAGGCCUGUCCAAGUACAAGGAUGCCCUGAAGGUCCUGAUACCAGUCCGUCCUCAAUCCAAAGACAAGCAUGAGAUGCCCACAAGCAAGGCAGGUCUGUUCUCGUUCAUCUCGCUCGUCUGGAUGACUAAGUUGAUGUGGAAGGCCUACCGUCAGGGUAUCCACCAGGAAGACCUAUGGCAAAUGGCUCCCAGCGAGUCGGCCGAGGUCAACGUCAAGAGACUUGAGAGGCUCUGGAAAGACGAGCAGCUGCUGCAAGGAGAGAAGGCUGAGUUUUGGCGAGCAGCUGCCAGAUUCUGCAAGACACGUGCGAUUGUUGCGGGCCUCUUCAUCUGUCUUGGCAUGACUUUUCAGUUUCUUGGUCCCGCUGUGCUGCUGCGUGCGAUUCUCUCAUACCUUGAGGAUGCUCACGCCAGCAUGAGCACAGGCCUGCUGCUUGCCUUCAGCCUUGUGGGGACUCAGCUGAUGCGUUCGGGAUGCCUGAGCAUGUCGUGGGUGAUUGGUGCGCACACCGCGAUCAGACUUCAGGGAGCCUUGCAGUUGCUUUUGUAUCGAAGAAUGCUCAAGGUUAGGGUUGAAGAAAAACAUUCCGGCCAGGUGAUCAACCAUGUCACCAAUGACAUGGAACGGAUAUUUGACGCCGCCAUGAAUGGGACGUUGAUGUUGGGAACACCAGUGAUGUUUUUGCUGACGCUAGUCUACAGCUGUUACCUUAUAGGGUACUGGGCUUUGAUGGGAAACAUUGUGAUUCUGCUGUUCUACCCAGUCAUGGGUGCAAUUGCAGCUGUGAUUGCCAAGCUGCGGCGACUGACUGUGAAAAAGGCCGACGCACGGGUGCAGCUGAUGGCAGAGGUGGUGAACAACAUCCGCCUCAUCAAGCUGUAUGCUUGGGAGCAGCCCUUUGCAAGCAAGGUGUUUGAUGUACGGAAUGAGGAGCGCAAAGUGCUGAUGAAGGGCAAUUUUCUACAGUCACUGUCGACGACCGUAACUCCUGUGAUUCUGAUAAUGGCGACGGUGUCAACGUUGCUGGGCUAUGGGGCAACGGGACACGAACUGCUGGCCUCCAAGGCCUUCACUCUGUUUGCACUCUUCAAUGGCAUGGGCUUCUCCAUCGGAACCUUGCCCUACUCCAUCCGAGCUGUUACGGAGGCCAAAGUAGCUUUGCAGAGAAUCCAGGAGCUCCUGGAACUGGACGAUGCCAAAGUGUGGGUGAGAAAGAUCGAGGAGAAGGACAAGCGAUUUGCUGUGACAGUUUCGGAUGCCUCGUUCACGUGGAACAGCGUGCUCUCCAACAUCAAGAGUGUUGACAUUGUCAAGGACAGGUUUAAAAAGGGUGGGCCAAAUGCCAAGCGGGCGAGGCACAGGGGUGCACAAGAGGCGUGCAACGGGGAUGCCAACGAGCGGACGCCGAUGACGGAGGUGAUCGCUGAACCCGAGGAAGCGUUAAGAGACGUGACCUUGCACAUCAAGAAGGGGUCACUGAUUGGAAUUUGUGGCCGCGUAGGCGGUGGCAAGACUUCACUGCUGAAUGCUUUGUGUGGGGAGAUGAACUUGCUGAAGGGAGAAAUGGACGUCAAUGGAAGCAUCGCGAUAGUGACUCAGCAAGCCUGGAUUUUUAAUGCUACUAUUAGAGACAACAUUCUCUUUGGGCUGCCAUACCUGAAGUCAAGGUAUGACGCAGUCCUUGAGUCUUGCUGCCUUUUGCCUGACCUGGCAAUGUUUAGUUGUGGGGAUCUCACGGAGAUCGGUGAGAAAGGGACAACUCUGAGCGGGGGCCAGCGGCAGCGCAUCAGCCUGGCACGGGCGCUGUACAGCGACCGGGACAUCUUCCUGCUGGACGACCCGCUGUCUGCUGUGGAUUCGCGUGUGGCGCACCACCUGCUGGAGCGCUGCAUCCUGGGAGCACUGCGUGGCAAGACGGUCUUCCUCGUGACCCACUCGAUGGCCGCCCUGGAGCAGUGUCAGCAGAUCCUGUACCUGCGCGACGGCCGCAUCAUCGAGCGUGGCACGCAUGCUGCCCUCGUCUCGUUUCCCGGCGAGUACCGCAAGAUGUUCUACGUGGACGCCGCCGCUUCCAAGCCCCCCGUCGAGACUGGAGCAGGAGAUGUGCCAAUGGUGGAUUCAGCCGACUCAAAAGAAGGACUGGCUAGUGACAAGGAUACAGUGGAUGGCAGCAUGGAAGGCAGCAGCCGUCUGGUGAAGGACGAAGAGAAGGCGGUCGGGGGUCUGUCGAAGCGCGCUGUCUGGCUCUACGUUAGGGCUGCGGGCGGCCCUUGUGUGGUGACCCUGCUGUCCCUGGCCUUCCUGGUCUUCGUAUGUGCGCAAAUGUUCGCCAACGUGUGGCUGCAGCACUGGGUCGACUCGAUGCAGAGCCGAAAAUCUGCCUUUGCCAAUGAAACAACCACGCAGUCACCACUCACAGAUGCGUUGACUGUUCGCAACCAGUCGUUUCACAAGAACUCUACGGAUGCACACAGCCACUCGGACAGCUUCUACUACAUUGCCUACGGUGUUGCUGUGCCCGUGAUGCUGUUGUGCGGCAUUGUAAAAGGAAUUGCGUGCACAGUGAUUAUGCUGCGUGCCUCCAGCAAGCUUCACAACCAGAUGCUCCACGGUAUACUGCGAUGCCCGACAAGCUUCUUCGAUGUGACUCCGUCUGGUCGCAUCACCAACCGGUUUUCCAAAGACAUGGAUGAGAUGGACAUCCGGGUGCCGUUCUUCCUGGAGAUGGUGGUGCAGAGCCUGCUUUCGAUAGUGCUGCAGCUGAUCAUCUCGGUGUACGUGUACCAGGUGUUCUGCAUUGUGCUGGGUGCGGCUGUGGUGGUGUACCUGCUGCUGGAUCGCUGGCUCAACGUGGGCGUGCGCGAAGUCAAGAAGCUGGACAAUGUGGCCCGCUCGGCAGUGAUCGUGCACCUCACCACCACCUUACAGGGUGUUGCGGUCAUCCGAGUCUUUGGCUGCCACAAGUGGUUCACCAACAAAAUGUACGAGUUGGUGAACAAGCAAUCUGUAGCGCACGUGGUGUUCCACCUGGCCUCUCGAUGGUUCACGCUGCGCAUGGAAUUUGUGGGCAUCUGCAUGGUCGCGGCUGCGGCCUUCAUUGUGGUCAUCAUGCGACAGAGUGUCAGCACUGGGCUUGCAGGCCUCAUGCUUGCCUCUGUCUUUUCUGUAUGCACUUUUAUACCUUUCAUUAUGAGGCUGAAGUCUGAACUGUCAGCCAGGCUUACUUCAAUGGAAAGAAUUCAUGAGUACUGCCAGGACCUGAGUGAGGAGGCGCCCCAGCACGUGCAGAGUUGUGGAGAGCUCAAAGGCUGGCCCAGCGAAGGGGACCUGCGCUUCGAGCAGGUGUGCCUGCGCUACCGUGACGGACUGCCCCUGGUGCUUCACAGCAUCAGCUUCCACGCACGUGGGGGUAGCAAAGUGGGCAUCGUCGGCCGCACUGGCGCAGGCAAAUCAUCCAUUCUGGUGGCGCUGAUGCGAAUGAAAGAGCUGGAGUCUGGAUGCAUUUUGCUGGAUGGCGUCGACAUCAGUACUCUGGGGCUCCAUGACCUGCGCUCUGCGAUAGCUGUGAUUCCGCAGGAGCCCGUGCUCUUUCAGGGCACUGUCAGAUACAACCUGGAUCCUGCAAAUCGGAAAACGGAUGAAGAGCUCUGGGAUGUCCUAGAAAGAGCACAUUUAAAGGCAAAGAUUGAAAAAGAAGACAAGCAACUUGAAUGUCUCGUGGAGAAGAAUGGCGACAACUUUUCCGUCGGCGAACGACAGCUUCUGUGCCUGGCCAGAGCCAUGCUGCGCCACAACAAGAUUUUAGUCUUGGACGAAGCCACAGCAUCGGUGGAUGCCGAGACAGACCGGUUGAUCCAACAAACGGUGCAGGAGACCUUUGCAGACUGCACUGUUUUGACCAUAGCACAUAGGCUGCACUCGGUUCUUAGCUGCGAUAUGGUUAUUGUGCUGGACGCAGGACAGGUUGUUGAAAUGGGCAGCCCUUUCACCCUUUCAAACGACACCAGCUCAAUAUUUUCAGCAAUGCUGAGGGCAUCUGGCAUCCAGGGGCCGUCGAGUGAAAUGCGCCGCUGACUGUGCGCAGCUUAGCUGCAGCCUACUGCUGGUGGACACAUUGGUUCCUAUGUGUAGAUGGGACCCCGUCAUCAUCGCACGGGUGUUCUAAUUGUAGGAUCUAAUUUUUACAUUUUUAUUUACUUUUUUUGUCCCUGCUCGCGAUAUACAUCUGAUUUUUUUGAACUUGCAAACUAUUACGAAUCUCCUUCAUUAGCUGUGUGUUAGCGUCCAUAAAUCCACAUCGGCAUGCCUUUUCUGUUGGUGAAAAUUUCUGCCUUUGUGCCACGGAUUCUUUCGUGAAGAUAUUUUGGAAUUGCAUUUCUUCAGGGUAAGCACAGUCUACUUUCUUUAGGUGCUGAAUCAAGGUUUGUGGGAGUGUUGUUGGUAUGUUUACUAAAUUCAUCAUUUUCAGGGUGCAGUGGCACCCUAGAGCUAUUGCUUUAAUGUAUUGUGUGUGUGACUGGGCAAAUACCUUGCAAAAUUGGGAUAGCCCUUCUGCAUUUUGGAGAAAAACUGGAAAGCAAAAUUUUCCAUGCAAUAGAUAAAAGAUUGCCUCAAAACAUAGGACCACUAUGAAACUGAGGACCUCAUUGGUAUUCAGUACAACAGAGCCUUACAAAAUCAUUAGUUCCAGAGGAAGAAAGGCACUUUAUUCUAUUCAACAAAAAUCUUAUUGAUAAAAUAUCUUCUAGACUUUCAUAUACUAGAACUGACCUGUAUGUAAUCAUUGGCAGCAUACUAAUUUGGUGUUGCCUUAAAUAAGAGCAGACUGUACUGUAUGUCUUCAUUACUAUGCACCUAUGUUACCGAUAUCUUAAGAUAUCGGUAACAUAGGUACAUAGUAAUAGUAACGUAGAAUCUAGCAAUUGCUAGAUUCUUGUUGUUAUACAAUGCCAGGAGACUUCCGAGCAUGUGUACUAUGUACCUAUGUUACUAGUAGCUUGCUAGAUUCUUGUUAUACAAUGCUAGGAGACUUCCAGCAUUGAUGUCCAGCACCGUAUUUUCUUGCCCAAAACUCGUAAGCAUUAGAUGUUCAAAAUUGUCUGAUAUUCGAUAUUCUAUUCAAUAUUUAGCAUUGUUUUCUUGCUUCAAUUCUAAAUCUACUAUUCAGUGUUCGCACACCCCUACUUUUCAUACUUCAUCAGUGGUCCGAGUGGCGCUCCGCAUAUGUUAUCACCAGGAUUAUCACCUGCAUUAUCGCCACUCUAAGUGGUGGAUGUGAAAGGAAUAGAAUUGAGUGAAAGGAAUCGGUACAUUAUACCAGUUCUGGUGUUAGUUUAUGGUGUAGACGCAUGCAUCGAGACUUAUUUGCCAGCCUGUUCAUACAGUCUGGUGUCACACCGUGUGAUGUUCUUCAGCGGUCACUUAGCACUUCUUUCAGCUAUGGUCGUGCUCAUAAUGUGUUCUUGAAUGCAAUUGUUUGCACAGUGCACAACUACCAUUGACACCUCAAUGCCUUUUCGUCCUGACAAAGCCAGUCUGCUGCUUGUAUUUUGCCUUAUUCCUUUUGCAAGGCCACUGACACUUGGACUGCUGAAGGUGCCCUGCAAGGUUGUGCCUUAUUAGGUCAUUUUGCCUGGCCACAGAAACCAAAGGUCAUUUUAAUGUGUCACAAUGCACCGGGCGGCCAGGAAAUGCAGAUUUUAAACACACAACGAGCCUUGUACGUGUGUGCCUUCAUGACUUAUACGAGUACACCGGUGAUUUUUAACCAACAUAAACUUUGCAUAUAUACCAUUUUGAUGGUUUGCGUAAAGAAAGUGAUUCGUCAAUCUCAUUCCUCAUUUUGUUCAACAUUUACAGAACUGGUAUUCAUAUUUAGUAGCCUGUAUAUUGUUUGGUCAAAUGGAGUCUCAUUUGUAUGACAAGUUCAUAUGUAGGCCGGUGAAUAUUCGAUGAUACUUUUCUAUCAGUAUUAAUCUACCUUUUAUCGUGAAAGCAUUUCAUCAUACUAUCAAAAGAGACUGCAGCAGUCAAAGCUGUGCUUAUUUCCUCAUUUUGUGAUAGCAUUACGAGUGAAAUAUAUUUUUAGUGAAACACAUUCUAUUUAUUCAGCUUACAUAUCAUUGUAUACAAAAGUUCUUUGCGUGCUGUUUCAUGUUGAAAUAUUUUCAUGUUAAAAAUAUGUUCAUGUUUCUCGGUGCCUCUCAGAAUAAUAAAGGCUCGUUGGACUUCAAAA